GAGAAGGUGCCACGCCCUCCUAACGCGUUUAUCUUGUACCGUAAGGAUCGUCACAAGGAGUUGAAGAAUGCCAAUCCGACGCUCAAAAAUAAUGAGAUCUCUACCCUCGUUGGCACUAUGUGGCGUCGUGAGGAUGAUGCAACGCGCGCCAAGUACCAUCUGAAGGCACAAGAAUGCAAGAACAUGCUCUUGAAGUACUAUCCUCAGUACAAAUACAAG